CUCUAGCAACUGCAUAUGUCGCGCAUAGUACAGUAAUACAAUCGCAAAUUGCAUAUAGAAGUAGUUUUAACCAAAACUGGACACCAAGAAUGGCUUCACAGGCUUCUGGGACAAAACCAAUUCAGACACUAGACCCUGUGAAAUUAGCUAAACUAGACCUUGCAAGUCGUCGCGAGGAGUUCCUGUUUCGAUUGCCAUUAAUCGUUGCCCGUCCGCUCUCCAGGCUUCUGCAAGACCCGCGCGAUGAGCCUGUGCUUCACCUCUUAUGCAACUUGAUACUUUGCGUGUGGCCAGCGGCAGCCCUGAUGUUCGCUUACUGCCGGAGCCACUGGGUUGGCGUGGCGUACCUGGCGCUGAACUACGCGCUGUUCCUCCAGCGCUACAUGCUCACGCUGCACGUCACGGAGCACCGCAACCUCUUUAAGAAGGAGUACGGGCUGUUGAACUACAUUAUUCCGUACGUCAUGUGCAACUUCUACGGCGUGCCCUCCGGUUUCUACCGCCUCCAUCACGUGGUGAUGCACCACGUGGAGGACAACGCCUCCCCCGGCGACCUCACCUCCACGGAGGCGGUGCCGCGCAACAGCCUGACGCACUUUGUCCGUUACUGGACUCGCUUCUGGUUGUGCACCUGGGUGGAGCUGCCCGCAUACGCACUGCGCAAAGGCCGACUGGCCGAGGCCGCGGGCUGCGCCGCCUGCGCGAUGGGCUACUGGGCCGGCCUGCUGGCGCUGUGGCGCCACGUCAACCCGGUGGCCACGCUGUGGGUGCUGCUGGUGCCCUUUUUCGUUUCCACCUUCGCGCUCAUGUUUGGCAACUGGAGCCAGCACGUCUUCGUGGACCCGGACCAGCCGCGCAACUCGUAUCGCAGCACCUACAAUUGCUUGGCCUGCCCCGACAACCGGCGCACCUACAACGACGGCUACCACAUCCUGCACCACCUCAACAGCCGGCUACACUGGUCGGAGCUGCCGCAGCGCUUUAUUGACACGCUGGCCGCACACGACGAAAACGAUGCGCUGGUGUUCCAAGGCAUCGGCUUCUUCGACGUGGGGGUCAUGGUGUUCACGGGGCAGCUGGGCAAGCUGGCGGGACACAUCGUGCCGUGCGGCCCCAGGCAGCGGGCGCGCAACCGGGAGGAGUGGGUGGCGCUGCUGCGACACCGGCUGCGGCCAGCCAAGGCACGGCUGGAGGCGCCGGCAGCAGUCAGCGCUGCGGCGCCGUCUUAGAGCUGUGUCUUGUGAGUGCAGAGAGUGUUUUGAGCAAUAUAUUGGUGAGGAUGAGGUGAGGGUGAGGAAGCGUGAGCAUGAGCGAGAGCGGUAGCGAGUGGUCAUGUGCGCGCGCAGGAUGGUUGUCGUGAUCAAGCACGUUGUAGGGCGUCAGACUGGGACGCGGGAGUUUUAGGUGGUGUGUGCAAAUCGAGUUGGUGGGCUGGAGCACAGACAGUCGUGCCUGCAUUCGCGUGUGAUUUUGAUGAGCGCAAUGCAUAGAUAAUGGAGUCU